UUCGCCAAUCCUUCGAAUAGCCAAACAACAUGGCGUCUAUAACAUCCGAAGAUGAAAAUUCCGAAGAUAAUCUAUCAGAUUUUACUCCUAUAUCUAAUUAUUCGAUUAUUUCGGAUGAAAGUAAUGGACCAGGCAAUGCAACGUGUAUUGAAAAUACCAUAAAACCCCCUAAUUUAGCUACAAAUAUAUUAAAUAGAGAGUUGUAUGGGAGAUUCUGUAGAACUUCUAAAUCUAAGACUGAAAAAGUAUUUAAGAAUAUUCAUACCAAGUGCAGGUAUUCCUUGAGCUCCCUAAUCAAGGAAUAUGAAGCUUUAGGUCAUAUUUAUAUGGGGUUCACUCUCUGUGGUCAAUACUUUUUAAGUUAUACUGAAAAAGUGUUUGAGAGUACUUCUUCAAGGGAUCCUUACAAUAUGUUCUUCUUUAUUCACCCUUAUGAAUAUGAACUGUAUAUUUGGCGAUUUGUUCCCGGGCUAAAAUUGCAAUUUGUAUCAAGACAUAAAAUAUUCUGUCAUUUAAAAGGAGAUUAUGUAUUGGACAAGAUUAUGUUUAUGCAGUUUCCAAAUGAUGUACAUAAAGUUGUAUGUUACGGAUAUGAUGAAUCUCAUCAUCCAGAUUUAUUUCAUAUUAGUGUUGUAACAUUACCUUCUCCAGCCAGUUGUAUUCACUGCCAUGAACAAUUGUUUUUUAAUACAAAAUGUUUGCCGCAAAGCUGGUGUACCAAACAUGGGUUUGUUAUACAUUACAUGUUUUCUAUGACCCAUCCUGCUCCUACAUUUCACCCCAAAAUAUCCCUUGGAUAUCCUGAUCAUUUAGUUGUUAACACAGGUCAUCACAUUCAUAUUUUAAAUAUUAGUACUUUAGGCCCUCCACAAGCAAACGUUACUUUGACAAAUUUCAUUAAAGAAGAAGAUGUGAAAGGUAAUAUACCUAUUACGGCAAAUUUUUUUAACGAUACAUUUAGUGAGGUAUCUGAAUCAACUAGUGAUCAUUUCGGCUGUAGUAGUGUAGUUGAUGCCAUUUUAGAAGACUUUAGUGAAUAUGACUUAGAAUCUAGUGAAGGUAAUAAACCAUUUCAUGAGCUUAAUAUUAGUUGUGAACCACUCAAUGUUACAGGGAAAAGUUACCAUAAUACUUUGGUACAAAAUAUUCUCGAUCCUAGAAUUAAACGUUUACAAAACAGUUCUAAAGAAUACGUGUUUUCUGUUCCUCAAACCUCAAUGUCGCAAUCUCAAAAACAACCCGAAAAAACAAAAAUCGAUAAGAAGAACGCGGAAAAAGCUUACGAGUUUAUCGAGGAAAAUGAAAAAUAUGAAAAAAUUAGUCUGUUUAGGAAAAAACGUUUAGCCGAUAAAAAAUAUGAAUUCUCGGAAGACAAUACUGAGAAUAUUGUGCCAUUCCAUAUCCUUAGGCGCGAGCGUAGGUAUUUAUAUAGAUCGCAAGGUCGCGGUAUCCGAUCGCCAGAUUUUAAUUCGCUAUUCUUAAGUCCGCGAUCGCCGGGUUGGCGCUCGCCAAUGCAGAGCCCCAAUUCGCGGUGCGGUCAAUUCUCGCCCAGCGGGGCACGCCAUAUCUAUUGUACAUCCGUCCGAAACUCCCCUCAUCAUUCUAAAUCCCCAAUCAGUCCCAAAGAGGCCGCCAGAAAGGUAAACGUCUACUCGCCAGGUUUAGACAGCGAUUGCUCUGAUUCGGACAGUAGACUGGUGCUAAAAACCCCUGUUAAUUUUACUACCUCCAAUUUUAAUGCAGAUAGUCGAUUUAAUCAAAAUGGAUUGCUUAUAGUGGACCCCAAGACUGAAACACCCAAAUGGAUCAAGAAAGUAGUCAGGAGGUAUUCCAACGGCGAUUUUGAGAAUAGCUCUUUGUUAUCUGGACAAAGUCGAGAUGACUAUAACAAUCCGAUAGAAAUUCCUUUACUCGUACAGAGCCUGACUGAUCAACAGUUCGAUAUAGUAUCGGACAACGUGACUGAUCGACAAAUAAUAGUGACCCAGAGAUCGAUGGACUGCGAACAAUUUGUACAGAAGCGAGCUCAGAUCCUCUGUGCUGAGGCCAAUUUGGUGUUUAUGUAUUGUGAAGACUAUGAUAUUAAAAUUAUUUACGUUUGCCCACUAAAUGGUAUAAUACUGUGCCAAGCCGUAAUCAAAAUUGGAGCGCUUAAAUCGAUGGUACAGAACUCGAUAGUUGAGAACUACUGGGCACGCUUCUUGUUUACAUGGAAUAUAACCACAGAUGCCUUCGACGUUAUUGAUCCUAAAACUAAAGAUAAAUUAUUUUUAGCUAAAGAGCAACUUACAACCCCCACAGCAAAGUUUCCCAGAUUCGCUGGCAAUAAAGUGUGGGUUCUCUCAUACGACACGUCGCAUACAACGAAAUCUUAUCUCAGGGAUAGCAAUAAUAUUUUUGAAAUAUGCAUGGGUUCUGCUAAUCUUUUACCCAACAGAUUUUUUACGUUCAGCGACGAGUAUAUCACUGAUUCGGAUACAGAAUAAAAAUGCAUCUUUUGUUCCUUUAUAAUAAAGACAAGUUGGAAAACCGUUCUGUAUUACAUAUAGGAAAUAAUCAAGUAUAUAUAUUUACUUUCGUUUUACAAUUUCUUAUUAUUUAUUGAUAAUUAAACGUCAGUUUAUUUUGGCUAUUUAAACGACCUCAAAGUUUUACAAAAACUGUAGAUAUAGAAAUUCCAAAAUGUAUUGUUAAUGGUUUAUUUCAACAUUCUCAUACCAGUAUGUUUUAGAUUUAAUAAGUUUAUCAACUGUGAUUUUAAAUGUUGUGAAGAUAUAAAAUACAUUAUUAAAAAUA